AUGAAACUGCCAAUGGCCAUUAGGUACUGGCAAGGAGAAGGUGCUGCUAUUGAUUGUUUCGUCAAGGCCCCUCGUUCACUCAUUACCGCAGUGACCCAAGCGACUGGGGCACAGAUAGAUAUUGAGGCGAGCAACCAAAGGAUCCGCGUUACAAGCAUUGAGCCGUGGCAGGCUGACAAUGCAAUGGAACGGCUUUCCAAUCUUCAAAGGUUUUUAUCUCUCAUGGUCUCACCUCAAGUUGCGAACAUCCUUCACGUGGGCAGUGCCACAGAAUUCCGGCUCAGAAUCCUACCCUACAAGUCCUUAAACGAUAUUGCCCUGCGGCGUGUGUUGGUUGAUGGCCCUGAGUCAAGGGUUAUCAGCCAUCUCCAUGACAUGUUUGUUACAGUGAUGGAGACUCUUGACCCAGAGACUCGUGAGCUCACGGUCUCCCAGAACAUUGCUGCUCCACCACGAUUCACAGAGCAACGAAAAGGGCGGGCUCGUAUCUGGGGGGAUUUCAAAUUUCCACAGCUGGGGGAUGCCUCAGUUCUUCCUAAUCCUGGGGCAAAUACUAAGGAGGGUAUAGCCUCGAAGUCUUCGUCCUCUAUCAAGGAUGAUAGCGUGCAUGAAGAAGUGGCAGUUGAGAGUCACCCUUGGCUCAGCCACGAGAAGGCCUCUUACGUUAACAAGUGGGUGACAGAUGGAGUGCAGGCUGGUGCCAUUGGGCCUACUGGCUCAGAACCAAAUAGCACCCUCCCUCCUGAGCCUUCUGCUGAAGUUACGGAUGCACCCAAACCACCGUGGGGCCUAAAAAGGCGUCAGCCUUUACCAUCUGGGAACAAUCGAGGUGUCUCAAAAACUCCACCCGUUAUUGAAAAGCCCACUUGUAUCAACUCCGCUCCAAAAAUAACUGUACAGCCAGCGGCGACUCUUCCCGUGAGUGUUAUGCCACCUUCAUUCAACUCGGCCGCUUACGGACAUCCAAAACCAUCUCCUUCGCGUCAACUAGCGAGUAAAUCCCAGGCUAUGAAUCAGCGAUCAUGGGAAAGGGGAAGAGAAACCACUGCGCGAAAAUUGCCUACCUUACUAGAUACUUCAAUAGCUGAAACUGGACCUACCGUUUCCUCUAUUCCACCAAUGGCCUUCACCCAGAUCUUGAUUCCCCUUCAACCUACUCUUAGGCCUUCUCUAGCCUCCCCUGUGGUUAACCCUUCAGUCUCAGUGCCUUCUAAUGUCAGUGAUGCUUUCGGUCCUCAAGCACGUAUGGAAGAAAAUAAAGACCCAGCGGCCGGUAAAGAAACCGUUAGAGAAUCGAAUGAAGAAUCGAACGAAGAAAGACUGCGAAAACUAAAGCUCUCGACAAAAAUGUCGUCCAGAGCGUUUGCGGGGCUUAAACCCGCAAUCAUCGAAGGAGAAGAAUCCACAAGAGUAUUUCAUCGCACCAUGGGACAAGGAGCACCAGUACCAGCACCUUCAGCUAAACGUGAGACAAAAGCAGAGCAAAAGGCGAGAAGACAGGCUGCACUGUCAGAGGCAUGGGGCUCAACUCCGGUUGCUCCUCCGUGUAAACCAGCCUCGCCCCCUGAGCCUAGUCAGUGGAAAAAGGCACAACUUGCUAAAGAGGAGACAUCUGAUGUUGAAAGUGUCAAAGAUCUAUUCAACUGUCUUCAACCUAUCCUCGAUGCUGUUCAACACUUUACUGGCACUCUAACAAUGGAAAUACAGCUGGGCUUGAUUCUUACUAAUUCAGUCCCCAAGAUCCAUAUAGGGAGGACCCUUGACGUCAAGACCUGGAACCCGCACUUUCGACCUCGUCACGGUUUGUUAUGUCUGACUACAGUAUUUAACAACAUGUUGACGACAUCUGGGGCAGAUGUCGACUACUUCUUCAAGCUUGGUGACGGGAGUGGCCCCGAUGUCCAGCUCUACUUUGAACCAGAGCCCCAACUCCGCCAAGUUUUCUAUGAGUUUCACUGUCAAACGAAGGAUAAUGAUACUCUCAUUGUCUUAGUUGAUGAGGCUGGGGCUGCUAGCGUCAAUAGACCAGACGUUGUCCUUGGGGCUGUCAAUGUGCACUUUCCUCUGAAUAUUUGGGAUCUCCAAGCUACAGUAAAAGGAUCUCAGGAAUACCCUACAACACCUGAGAGCGGGAUUUCAAUGACCGUGAAAUGUUUGGUUGACAACUUAUAUGUUCCUCCCGAUCGAUCUAGGGUUAUUAUGUAUACCCGUGUACCAGAAGACAGUGCACUCAGGGUUACAAAAAUUCUGAUGCGGCGAACCACGCGUCACAAGUACAUUGGCAAGCCUCUAUUUGACAAGUCCAAACUCCCUGAUUUUACCAACGAGCAGUCUGUUUUUCUCCAAAUUACUGAAGUCCAAAGACUAGUUUCCGGUAACACCCCUACUGAUAAAACCGCUAUCCGCGCGCGUGCUGUUAGUCCAGAAGAGAUGGUUGAUACUUCCCGCCUCUGGUUUGAAGCCUCUAUCGUUAGCCCUGCUAUCGAAAAAAUCUUCGAGACAAACAAGUACCUUACUGUUGGAGAGCGUGUGGAUUCAUGGUUCCCUGACGACUUACUUGGUAUUGAAUCUCACCUGGGCGGAAACGUCACUGAGGAAUCUCGGCCUGUCGAAUUCCUAACAAUGGCCGAGCGCGCAGUCGGCUCGUCUGGAAUUGGCAGUUUGUUCCGUCUUGCAAGAAAGGUAGUGGAGAAAAUUGAUGUUAUCGGCUGGGGCAAUCAUACAGCUACCUUCACCCUGGAUAAAUAUCCAUCUCCCUCAGCUUCUGCGCCAGCUGGUCCAUUCGAUGCCUCCCAAACAGAAGGCGGUAAAGCCAAAGCUUCUGAGAUGAACAAGAGUGUCGCUCCUACGCAGGUUACCCAGGGCGAGUAUUGGUGA